GAUCGUAGUCUACAGCUUAUUUUGUGGCGCGACAGCGAUGCUCAGCCAUUGCGCACCCUAAUGUUAAACACUGUCACGUACGGAUUUUCAAGUGCAAGCUUCCUGAGCACUCGCUGUCUGUGGCAAUUGGGCGAAGAAGUUGUCGAUCCCACUAUAAAGGAAAUCAUCCAACGGGAUUUCUACGUCGAUGACCUUCUGACUGGGGCUCAAUCGGAGAGGGAGCUGCUUUAUAUUCAGCAAUCUGUGGCUGCAUCUUUGGAGAAGGGAGGUUUUCAUCUACGAAAAUAUAGGUCUAACCUACCUACAUUGCUUGAUCAAAAUUUGCAAGACGCGACAGGUGAUCUAAUGAUUAGCAACGCUACAAGCACUUUAGGUGUUGGAUGGAUACCUAAAUCCGAUGAACUUUAUUUCCCAAUCGACCCCCCUUCACCGUCAAAGGUUAUCUCUAAGAGGUCAAUAUUGUCUUCCACUUUCAGGAUUUUCGAUCCACUCGGCUUGUUGUCAUCCUGCACCAUAAAACCAAAGAUGCUACUCCAAGAGCUCUGGGCUGAACAUAAGGUUGGCUGGGACGAUCCCGUGCCAGAGAAAAUUAAGUCUGCUUGGCUCAGUUUUGUUCAGGGAAUCAGCAGCCUUGGGGAAUUAAGGAUGUCCAGGCAUGUUUUAGUUGAUGAACCAGCGCACGUCGAAAUGCACUGUUUUUGCGACGCUUCGCAAAGAGCCUAUGGCGCUUGCAUUUAUCUCAAAUCAUGCAAUGACCAGGGUGAUAGUAAAGUGAGCCUACUAUGCGCUAAGUCGCGCGUUUCACCUAUCGCGCCUACUACGAUUCCACGUUUGGAACUAUGUGCUGCUGUGCUCGGGGCGCAAUUGGCAGCAGCUACUACCCAGGCCUUGCGGAUUAAAAUCGAUCGUCACGUUUAUUGGAGCGACUCAAAAAUAGUCCUAUGCUGGUUACGAACCACAAGGAGAACGAAAACGUUUGUUGCCAAUAGGGUGGGAACUAUAAAGGAACUUACGGAGCCAUACUCCUGGCGAUAUGUGCCCACUUCUCAAAAUCCUGCCGAUCUUGUAUCGCGGGGCGUCGACCCUAGGGAAAUUACUAACUCAGUGAUGUGGUGGCAGGGUCCCUCCUUCCUGCAACAGGAGGAGUCCUUGUGGCCCGAGGCAAAUCUUGAGGCAGAAUCGGAGUUGCCAGAGGUCAAGGUCCUUGCUACUGUGGUGGGGGAAGCCCCUCUCGAUCUUACAAGGAUCUCAAGACUAUCAGUUGCUCAGCGUGCCUAUGCACGCGUUCUUAGAUGGUUUCACAAUGCUAAACGGUCAAAUGCAAAUAAUCAACUUACCGGGUCAUUAUCGGCUUUAGAACUUAACAAUUCAUUAAAUGUGCUAAUUAAAACUUCACAAAGGGACUCAUUUAAUGCAGAUAUAAGUCUUGUUUUAAAAAAUAAACCGCUUAAGUCCAAAUCUGAUCUGAUUUCACUAAAUCCUUUCAUCGACACAGAUGGAAUUUUGCGUGUUGGUGGUCGUAUUUCUGCGUCUGCAUACAGUGUUGAUAAGAAGCAUCCCAUAUUGUUGCACGCUCGUCAUCAAUUCACCAAGCUGCUUUUCCUCCAAGAGCAUGCAAGGCUUCUACAUGCCGGCCCUCAGCUACUACUUGCGUCUGUAAGAGACCGCUACUGGCCCGUGGGCGGACGCAAUUUGGCGCGGCAAGUAGCCAAGAAGUGCCUUGUGUGCCGUCGAUUCAAAGGGCAACAUAUGACGAACAUUAUGGGCAAUCUACCGUCGGAGCGACUUAACCCAGAUUUUCCCUUCACCAACGUAGGCACUGAUUUUGCAGGUCCAUUUCUGAUCACUGAUCGCAAAGGUAGGGGAUGUAAAAUAACGAAAUGUUAUCUCUGCAUUUUCAUAUGCCUCAAUUAUAAGUGCAUACAUUUGGAAGCUGUCAGUGAGCUCUCUAAAGACGCCUUUAUGUUGUCACUGAAAAGAUUUAUUGCUCGCAGAGGUCUGCCUAAGAAAAUUUUCUGUGACAACGGAACAAACUUUGUUGCCGCGGCUCGCGAAAUCAAUGAUUUUUUUAAGUCCAAGGACAAUGUAAACUCCAUUUUUGAUUUCACAGCUCAGCAGGGCAUCGAUUUUAAAUUUUCCCCGGCAUACGCUCCUCAUUUUGGAGGCUUGUUUGAGGCCGGGGUCAAGUCAGCAAAAUUUCACUUGCAUAGAAUAAUGAGUAAUGCACACUUGACAUUUGAGGAACUGUGCUCCUUGUUUUCACAAAUCGAGGCCAUCCUCAAUAGCCGGCCCCUUUGUCCUCUCAGUCCCUCGCCCACAGACCUACAGCCCCUCACUCCGGGACACUUUUUGAUUGGCAGGCCUCUUACCGCACUGCCAGCCGCUCAACUGUUGGACUGCAACACCAAUCGUCUCGACCGCUAUCAGCGCCUGGAGCAGAUUCGUCAGCAUUUCUGGAGACGGUGGUCAAGUGAAUACGUCUCGGAGCUUCAGCAGCGCACGAAAUGGAAGGUCCGGUCCAAGGCUCUGCGGCUUAAUGACCUUGUCUUACUGAAGGAUGACAGCGUUCCUCCACUGGGUUGGCGCCUCGGCAGGGUCAACAAGAUGUUUCCCGGCUCAGAUGGUGUACCUCGCGUUGCUGACGUCAUGACUUCGCGGGGACUUGUCCGUCGCGCCAUCAACCGCAUUUGUCUACUACCCACAGAAGACGACCACUUGUCUUGAGGAGCUUUGUCAGCGCCUUCAACGCCCCGGAGGAUGUCUACGCCUGAAGCUGCGACAGCGUUAGUUUUAAGUUAUUUUUAUUUGUUAGGCGCAGCAUAAUAGUUUUGUGUAAUUCUUUAAUUUUAUAUUUUG